AUGCCUUCCUUGUCGAGGAGAAGGUCGUUCCACCAGGCACAGACAUAUUCACUGAGCAGAUGCUCCACCCAAAGAUCGACUACUACAUUGUCGGCUUUGUUAUGCAAAAGUAUAUUCUCACUCCAGCUCUAUAUUUUGUCUAACUUAAGAGGUUCCAGGUGCGACAAUGUUGACAUGCAUGGCGUGAACAAAGGGGCCAACGAGCCACAGAAGACUUACUCGUAUGCUCAAAAGCUUCGGGCAGGUACUACGUAUGGCUUCCGCAGGGGUGGUAGAGGUAAGGUUCCUUGGGAUCGGACCACAGCUUCCGGAAACCCAUCUAUAUCUGAUGUUGUGUCGUCAUACAUGCUGGGUCUGCGCAAGCGCAAGGUCGCUAAAGGAGAAACUCCAACUAGUGCGAGAGCCAUUAGGCCUAGUACUCUAAGGAGGCUCUAUGAAUAUAAUCACAAGCCUGAAAACUGGAAUGCUAGUCCACAGACACCUGAAAAUUGGUGUGGGGGAAACGUGCGACGGCUGCUCCAAGCUGUCUAUCUUGUCACCUUUUCCUGCCUUCUCCGCAUCGAUGAGGCCCUCAAAAUCCAAGUUCACGAUAUCGAGUUUGGCAUUGACGAUAUAGACGGCAUCCAUUAUGUAUCGAUCACGCUACCCUUCCGCAAGAACAGCCCGUUUGGCGACAUACCCCCAUUUGUGCUUCGCGCUUUGCCAGCCCACAUGGCGCAUCUCUGCCCUGUUCGAGCCCUAGCAGAAUGGAUAGAUGCCUCAGAGAUUACGCAGGGAUACCUUUUCCCCAAUAUUGACAAACGUGAUCGACCUAUCACUGUAAAGAAUACUGCGAUGAAACCUGAAGUGUUUCUCCAGCUGUUUCGCAACAACCUAUGUGACUUGGGAGAACCACCAUAUGCAUACGGCACCCAUUCUUUUCGCCGUGGGGGAUGUCAGUGGUUAUCGGUUGACCUUCGGUGGUCAAUCCGACAGAUUUGUGAGUGGGGCGGAUGGAGCACAGAUUUUACUCAUUUAACAAUUGUCAAGUACCUGAUUUCUUGGAACGACGUCGCAAUGCUGCGUCGCGAGGACUUCUUCAAGCUUGACCGUGAGGCCACCAUCAAGUGCUGGAGCUGUGGACGUACGUGCGCCUGUGCCUAG